AUGCUUGGUACUAGUGGUUUUGGAUGGAAUGACACCGAAAAAAGAAUUGAUGUUGAGAGUGAUAGUGUCUGGGAAGCAUAUGUUUGGAGGGAGAGCGAUGCGAAAAACCUACGAAACAAAAUUUUUCCAUAUUUUGACUCAUGGAUCCACAUAUUUGGUAAGGAUCGAGCUACGAGGGAGUUUGCUGAAGGGCUUGCUGAUGCAGUUGAUGCUAUAAAUGCUGAGGAAGAAUUGUUGUUCAAUAGUCUUGCAGAUAAUGGCACAUUUCUUGAACAUAUGGAUAUUAGUAGUCAUAUCGGCGAGGGAAUAAAUUGCUCCAGCUCAUCAAGUCAACGACCACCUAAAAGUUCUACAAAAAAGAAUGACAACAGGAAGAGGCCUAGAGGCAAUGAUGAUGUAGUGAAAGGGUUGUAA